CUGCUGUAGAAGGAGGUUGCAGAGUCGAGGUUGGCUAGAACAGGGGCGAGCUGUUCCACCUCCAUCCUGGCAUGCACGCAGAUUGUUGUUUUUUGCUCUGGGGUGACCGGCAGCUGGGGGAGGGAGGGCACCAGUGCCUGAAUCGGCACUUGCAAAACUACAGAAGGCACAGCUGAGGCACUCCAGAGGUCUGGCACAGUAGAGCCCUUUGCAGGGUUUCUGGAGCAGUUGCGUCUGUAAAGCUCUCUGAAUUCGCCGUUAUCCUUCCGAGGACUAGAGCUGUUCUUCAUGGUGUUAGCUUCAGAGGAGCUUCGAGAGGAAUGCCACGUGUCACUGCUGCUAUUUUUGCAAUGUGCAACCGCUAAUGUUUGGAAUCGCAGAACGGGACCAGGAGCAGUUGCUUUUUGCUGCUCGUUUUUCACUUGUUUGUUUUGGGUUUGCCAUGUCCUGCGUCCCACCGGAUCCCUGGGAAGCUUGAAUUCAUGGCGCGACAACUGCGACUGCAUUUUGCUUCGCGGAGAAGCAACACCGACCCGCUGUCAGAGACUUGCAGCGGUCACGCCGAGGAUAGCGGGCUCACGAAUGCCGGCCGUAGCUCCAGUGAGGGCCUGAUGCAGAGUUCCCUUCACAUGAAGGUGACUCCAGGACAGCUGGCUCUGGCAUUGCCACCCUUGUCACCAGAGUACGAUAAUUUACAGCGGCACUCCACCGUAUUCAUCUCUAAGGUGAAUGGGAGCAGGAAAAGCAUGCUGCAGAUCUCCUUGCAGCCUUGCGGAGGAGACGGUGAGCUCGCCAGCUGUGAGAGCGGAAAUGGGGAUGGAGGUUCCUGUAGCAGCAGCACCACGAGCGAUGCCGGUUACUGCAGCAGCAACAGCAUAUUCGAAGCAGACGUCGCAGAUCACAAACCAAUCUCUCGGCGGAAGGCGAGGGCACCCUUGCGGCGCUGCUCGUCCUUGGUGAUUUUCCCGCGGAGCCCAUGCACCACGCCACCCGCGUCACCCGUCAGUCCGAUAGCAUCUCCAAUGAUUCCUCCGCUGCCUCCAUCUGCACGAAGUUCCUUUCAGACCUCUCAUCAGAUGCAGCUGUCCAGCGUUGAUGCAUCGCACGAUGACACGGCCAAGGGAUCCGUCGCCACGGCAGUUAAUGGUCUGCGGCUGUCCAAAACCAGUACGUCAGCAGAACACAGGGACGCCAAACCCAUAGUGCAUUUCAGCGUGCCGCCGGAACAACCGCCAGGACCAGAGCGAACGGAAAGACACUCCAGCGUUUUAUUGCACUUCGCAAACCAGCGACCGCUUCCCUCAGGGAAAGGAAGUUCGGCCAAAACAAAGGUUAACAUCGACUGUUCCAAACUUCUCGAGGGCCCACAAACCGACAACGUCGCAGAGCCCCAGAAAGCCAAGCUUUUCCGGAGCACCUCAGCCUGCAUGCUGCCAAGCGGAAGGCCGUCGUCGACGAAAAGAAGACACGACACUUUUCCGACUUGCGGUAAUUCGGAUAAGUCCUCAAGAAAAGGGUCGCAUCAUGUCCUUCACAGGAGUAUUUCUUUGGAGGUACCCUGUGCGAACGCUGAGAUUUCUUGUCACGUUUCAAAUGCUGCAGAUGUGCACUCCAAAAACAGCACUCCACACGUACACAUCCGUGUAUCUCACGGCACAGGUGCAAGAAAAUCAAACACCCUGCAGGACAACAGCAUAAACAACGAAACGGAUCAUGUUGCAACCUGCACGGAGAGAAAUGCCACCACGAGAGAUGACUUCCUCGGACAAGUGGAUGUUCCUCUGCACCAGAUCCCUACAGAAAAUCCGAACAAUGAAAGGCCGUACACUUUCAAGGACUUCCUGUUGCACCCGAGAAGUCACAAGUCGAGGGUGAAAGGUCAUCUGCGACUGAAGAUGACUUACCUGCCCAAAAACAGCGACACGGAGGACGACCCAGCCGAACAGAACGAGAAUCUGGAUCCUGGUUGGGAGUUUUUGGAGCCUCAUGAAUUAUGCAGUCCUCACCAUCCUCACCAGCUGCCUGCGCUGCCCCCUGGCUGGGAGGAGAGGCAGGACAACCUGGGACGAACCUACUACGUCAACCACGAGAGCAGGACCACCCAGUGGCACAGACCCACCAUCCAGGACAGUCAAAGAGACAAUGAACAGAGACAGGAUACACACAUCGAGUCCCAGCGGGCGUUCCUCACACGCAGACAAAUAUCAGAACACAACGAGAACCACGAGCGCAGAGAGUCACCUGAGAGCUGGGAGAUCAUAACGGCAGAUGAGACCACGCUUUAUAACAGUCACAGCGAGCGCUCGCCGCCGCCCCCCCACUCCCCGAUGGAGUUCACGGGAUUCUGUGAGGAGUUCAGCAGACUGCAGACUGGAAACGACAGACGCACGUCCCUCACGCCGCAGGGUCACGGCAGCCGCAGAGGAAGUGGACAGACCCUGACGGUGGAAGAGCAUCCUGUUCACCCCGUGUUAUUACCCACGUCUGCCGGGCUGCCUCCGGGAUGGGAGGAAAAGCAGGACAGUAAAGGGAGAAUGUAUUACGUCAAUCACAACAGCAGGAUGACAACCUGGACACGGCCUCUCAUUCAGCUCAUACAGCCGCCCUCUGAGGCAGCAGCAGCAGCGGUGGCAGGCGGAGUCAUGUCUCUCUCCCAGAAUCCCUCGGGCUACGCUCCGCCGCCGCUCUCCCCGAAUGUGUCGCCGCAGCACACACGCGCUCACACGCCCGAGCACGCGGGACUGAUGCCGGCCGGAUGGGAGGUGCGCAGCGCUCCAAACGGACGCCCCUUUUUCAUAGACCACAACACUAAGACCACCACAUGGGACGACCCCUGGCUGAAGGUUCCCGUGCACGUGAGGAGGAGAGUCUCCCUUGACCCCACUGACCUCGGCCCACUGCCGCCUGGUUGGGAGGAGCGAGUACAUAGUGACGGCAGAAUCUUCUACAUCGAUCACAAUACAAAAACCACACAGUGGGAAGAUCCAAGGCUACAGAAUUCAGCCAUCACUGGUCCAGCCGUGCCUUACUCCAGAGACUAUAAACAGAAGUAUGAGUACUUCCGGAAGAAACUCAAGAAACCGGCCGACAUCCCGAACCGCUUUGAGCUGAAUGUGAGACGUAACGCCGUUCUGGAGGACUCGUACCGGCGCAUUCUGUCCGUCAAACGCGCUGACCUGCUGAAGGCCCGCCUCUGGGUGGAGUUUGAGGGGGAGAAGGGGCUGGACUACGGGGGCGUGGCCAGGGAAUGGUUCUUCCUGAUCUCCAAGGAAAUGUUCAACCCGUAUUAUGGGCUGUUUGAGUAUUCUGCCACGGAUAACUACACCCUACAGAUCAACCCCAACUCAGGUCUGUGUAAUGAGGACCACCUGUCCUAUUUUAAGUUCAUCGGCCGGGUGGCUGGGAUGGCCGUUUAUCACGGGAAGCUGUUGGAUGCAUUCUUCAUCCGGCCCUUUUACAAGAUGAUGCUGCAGAAGCCAAUCACGUUACAGGAUAUGGAGUCAGUGGACAGCGAGUACUUCAACUCCCUCCGAUGGAUCUUGGAGAACGACCCCACAGAUCUGGACCUCAGGUUCACCAUCGACGAGGAGCUCUUUGGACAGACGCACCAGCAUGAGCUGAAACCAGGAGGUGCUGAUAUUGUGGUCAAUGACGCCAACAAGAAGGAGUAUAUUCAUCUGGUGAUGCAGUGGAGGUUUGUAGAUCGGAUCCAGAGACAGAUGACGGCCUUCAAGGAGGGUUUCUAUGAGCUGAUUCCUCAGGACCUGAUGAAGAUCUUUGAUGAAAACGAGCUGGAGCUGUUGAUGUGUGGCUUAGGAGACGUGGAUGUCAACGACUGGAGAGAAAACACCAAAUAUAAAAAUGGCUACAACCCAAAUCACCCCGCCAUCAUCUGGUUCUGGAAGACGGUGUUGCUGAUGGAUGCAGAAAAGCGAAUCCGUUUGCUGCAGUUUGUGACGGGAACAUCCCGUGUACCAAUGAACGGCUUCGCUGAGCUCUACGGAUCCAACGGGCCGCAGUUGUUCACUAUUGAACAGUGGGGCACGCGGGACAAACUGCCCCGAGCGCACACCUGUUUCAACCGCUUGGAUCUCCCUCCGUACGAGACGUUCGAGGAGCUCCGUGAGAAGCUGCACAUGGCCAUCGAAAACGCUCAGGGCUUUGAUGGUGUGGAUUAGACUCCGGCUGCCACAGCGACAGCGUAACCAUGGCGACAGCAUCACGACUCUCGUGUUUAAAGCGGGCCGGCACACGUGUGCAUGCGGCUCUACGGGAAACAAGGUCGAGCGGCGAGACGAUCCGGCGAGCACGGUGUUAUAAAAUCACAAAUCUGUAUGUUUAUGAUGUUUACAAAAUAAGGUUUUGUAAUGUACUCCUGCAUACUGCUGUAUGUUUCUACGUACAAAAUUUCUUAACAUCUAUAGAUUUGAUCAUAUCUAUGCAUUUGAGCAUAAUUAAGGAAUUGUUUAUUUCUAAUAUGAGCUUUUAAGUCACGCAUUAUGGAUGUGCACUGUUUGGCUGAUGAGAUUUCCCAAAAUGCACAAUAUGAGACCAUUAUUUUUUGGGGCGAUCUGUACAAAAAAUUUUCUUUUUUUGUUUGUUUUUGAGUUGAAAUUCAAAGGUAUCCAGGCAUCAUUGUUUGUACUAUUGCUCUUAAUCAUGACUUUUUCUCACUUUGACUUUGUUUACAGGUUUUUUUGUUUACAGAUAGCCCACUUUUGAAAACCAUAUGCUUAUUAAAAUCAUUUUUUGUACAGCUUGUGAACGUUGAAGCACUUUUCUAAAAACAAACGUUUCAAGUCUUACUAUGUAUAGAUCACCUCAGUCAAGCUGUAUUGUGACAAAUCAUUGCUUCGUAUCAUUUACUAAAUGUUUACAGCAUAAAUAUUGCUUAAAGUAAGCACAUUUUGUCUCGCAAGAAACGUAUCGGACUGUUAAAUAACUUUGCCUUCAUUUUGUAAUAUGAAACUAUUUGAUUCUGUGUGCUGACGAGCAACUUUUAAUGAAGAAACACUUUUAUCGUGGACACUGUUGUAUAAUUAGACACUAUUAUAUGAACAGCCACUGCAUUUCUACAAAGGUUUUUGGCACAGAUGAGAGUGAGUUUCAGAAAGGGUUUUCUAUCAGAGAUUUAUGAGCAAACGUGUCUUUCAUUUUAAUGUCAGUUGUGCUGAUUUUAAUUGUCACGCCGAUCUUUAUGGCUACGUGUUUUUGGAAAAUGAAUAAAAUGAAAACGACUC